AUGCCCUACCUGGUCGACCUUCAAGCGCGUAUGCUCCGCGCCUUAACCCAGGAACGCCGUAUUAGUUUCGACAACUGGUUCAAGUACGCCCAAAAGGAGUUUGAGAAGCGAGCUCAGGAUCAGAACCCAUGGCUGGAGGAGGACGCCGUCAACUACGAGUAUUUCAGUCUCGAGACAAAACUUUUCAUUCUGACUUGUCUCUGUGAAUGGCAGCUGGAUGAUCCGGAGCAGUUCCGAUCCAACUUCAAUGAAGAGGACGAAGUCGCCAUAGAAUGGCGUGUGGACCCAAUAGGUCACGAUGCCAAUGAUCGCACCUACUGGCUGUUCGAUGAUAAUCGGCUCUACAGAGAGAACCCUCCAGUCAAGGCGAACAACAAGAAAGCAAAACAAGUAGCAGCAAAGGUGGCGCAACAAAAGCCAGUAUCAGAUAACCGUCGUGGUACUCGUCGGUCGACACGCGGACAAAAAGUCGAGGAGUCAGAGCCAGAACCAGAGCCAGAGUUUGAGACCCCGCCUAUUACCCCUGGCGUACAGUGGGAGCCGGUUUGCAUAACUCAACAGGAAUGGGAAGACUUUGCGAAUCUCUUCCGGCGCUCAAAACACCCAGAUGAAAAGGCGUUGCACAAUCUUAUCAACGACGAUAUUUUGCCGAAAAUCCUUGGAGAGUUCAAGGAAAAGGAUAAGAAGCGAGAAACGCUGGAGGCCAUUGCUAAUCGCAAGAGAUCUUCGAGAAUUGUCAUUCGCGAGUUCGAAGUCCAGGAAAAGGCUCGUCUGGAAGCCCUCCGACAGCAGGAUCAGCAGGCAGCCGCUGAACUCCGCAAGCAAGAGCUCCGCGAGCGACGCGCAGAAAGAGAGAAACAAUUGCAGCAGCAUAUCAGGGACAAUCGCCUGAAGGAGCGAGAAGAACGCCUGAAGGCCCGCGAGAAUGCCAUCUGGGAGAGAGAAGCCAAGAAGAAGCAGCAACAGCAACGGAUAGCAAAGGAGCGAGAGGAACGCAAGAAGAAGAGAGUUGGAGGUGGACACAAGGGCGAGCAUUCUGAGGAUGAGGCUGGACGCCAUCAAGAUGAGGAGGAAGAAGACUGGGUCUUUGACUGUGUUUGCGGUGUAUUCGGCAACAACUUGGAUGAUGGCGAGCUCAUGAUUGCCUGUGGCAAAUGCAACGUCUGGCAACACGUCGCUUGCUUGAAACAGGAAGACGCACAACAGGGAAAAGCGGAGACGGAUUGGGAGUCUGUCGAUUUUACUUGCCCAAGGUGCAUCAUCAAGGAGAAACGGAAGGCAAUGCGGAAGGAAAAGAAGGAGCAAAAGUUGCGUGAGGAGGCUCUGGCUGGCAAUGUUGGAGUGAAUGUUUCCUCAGAGCCUAAGGUGCCCAAGGAGCCAAAGAAGGCACCUAAAGAGAAGGUGCCCAAGGAGAAGGUGCCCAAGGAGAAGGUGCCCAAGGAGAAGGUAAAGAGCCCCAAGGGUCGUUCAGGAUCACUCACGAAUGGGCACCACCCUCAGUCGGCAGCAUACGUUGGGCCCUCUACCUACUCGACCCAGCCUUACCCACCGCUAGGACAACCGCACGCAUAUCAGCCUGAGGCGAGCUAUCAUCAUGACCAUCAUGUGCAACCUCCGCAACCUUAUUACAACGGACACCCAGUUAGUAAUGGCAACCCAGGACCGGUGCCUGGUUACGCUUACCAGCCAGCUGCGACUCAACAACCGCACAACCAGUAUUCGCCACCACCUCCCUCCCAUCAUAACCACCAGCAGCAGCCAUACCAGCAUCCAUACCAACAACAGCAGUCGCAUGCAGGUCACUAUGGAUCUCACACGCCAACUCCAUCUUACCAAGCCUACUUGCCCUCACCACAGGGCUCGUCCAUGCACGCACCAGCACCGUUGAACCAUCACCUCACACCCGCAGUUCCAAGACCCCAUCAGCUUGACAGUUAUAGUGUCUCCCAGCCGCCUGUGCAGCCUCACCCCAGCCAUUACUCGCCACCCUAUGCUCAGCAGCAGCAUAGGGCGGACGGAGCAGCGUAUGGUUCAAGUCAGGCCCCAGUCGCAUUUGGACAGACACCCGUUGCUCCCAUCCACAAGCGACCCAACCCAGCAGACGAAGAGAUGGAGGGGGUCGAGCGGCCCCCAAAGAUGAUGAACCACCAGCAUCAGCACCCGUAG